UCUCCUUCCACGCGUGGGUCUCCAAUGACGCAGUCCAGCAAUGCGCCUUCAUAUUUCUCUGACUCCAGAGUCCCAACUCUCACAAAUACAUACACGGGCAGAGAGAGAGCAAAACAUGCAGAACCAGAACCAGAGCCAGAUCCAGAACUCUUUCGUGCAGCGCGGAGCCUCCAGCAGCAGCAGCAGCAGCUUGGCGAAGUUGAGCGGAGGAAGCAUGAGUCCACUCAGCGUGACCGCCAUCAGCCUCGCAGCCUUGCUGGUCCUCGUCACCCCACUCUGCCACAGUGCUCCAGCAGAGCUUCAGCAAGCCACAGCAGAUCAGAGGCAGCUUCUCAGCCAGAUGGAUGCUGCUUGCUCCUCUUUUUUCUCCGCAGACCUCAAGUUUGCUCUCAGCGAGGUGUCCGAUGUCUUGGGGGAAAUUUGCAUCCUGAUGCUGGUUCAGAAGUCAAAGGAGCUUAAAGGGCGAGGAAAUAACAAAAGGAACCCUAUACAGCCUCUCCUGCAUCUGGUUUCUCAUCUGCAUACCCGAAGCGAGAGAGGACUGUCAGUGCAAGCUGAACUUCAGGGACCCGCUGGAAUCCAGAGCAGAGGCUAUUUUCUCUAUCGACCACGAAAUGGAAGAAGAGAUUUAGAAUACAAGUAGCAGAAAGUUUGAGCAGACCACAGGACCCGCCGGCUGCUGCGGCUGCAAUGGACCACCCAGUGACCAGGACUCCACAGCCCUCUGACACUGCUGUUUACUGAAUGUACACCCACAAUAUAAUAAUAAUACUAAUAAUAAUAAAAGCAC